AUGAAAUGUAAAGAGGAAGUUAAUGUUACAACAGCAAGGGUGUCUUCAUUACAUUUUCGUCCUGAAGAUUUUGAACGCGACCUACAUGCGGAACUGUUGCAAUUGAAACGUAGGCGGCUUCUAAAGAAGACAGCUAUACCCACUUUAAACUUGGGAGCAUCUCAAGACGACGUUUCAAAUAUCUGCGAAUACCUUGAUCCAUCUACAUCAUUGUUAAAUAUUUCAAAAGAACCAUUAUCAAAGGGAAAUGAUGUAAACUGUUUAUUAAAAUCCAGUGUAGCAUGUCAAACUGAAGAUAUGAUAACAACUGAUGACACAAUAAAUGAAUUGAAACGAAAAAUAUGUGAAUUAGCAGAGAAAAAUGAUGUUUUGGAAAGAAAGUUACGUAUAUCAACGCUAAAAUCUUGGGCUUCAAAAAUUAAUAUGAGACAGGGUAUUUUACAUCACAUGCUACUUUUUCUAUCUGUGGCUGGAAGAGGGUACAGUGAUCAAGAAAGGCUUGUUGUUUUGUCAUUUGACGAAAUGAAAGUUGCAGAACUGUAUGAGUAUGAUAGGAAAUAUGAUCAAAUUAUUGGUCCACAUUCACAAAUGCAGGUUGUGAACGCCAGGGGACUGUUUGGAUCUUGGCAGCAGCCAAUUUUUGCCGGUUUUGAUACAAGAAUGACUGGUACUUUGUUAUUAACAUUAAUUAAUAAACUGCAUGAUAUUGGUUUUGAGAACGUUUCUUUAACUGAGGCUAUUUAUGACAUGAAUUGGUAUGAUGCGGAUGUUAAACUUAAAAAGGACGUUUUGAUUUUCUUGUGUUUAAGUCAACUCACUUUUAACAUCAAAUUCGGGAUGUUGGGUGUUGUGUCUUAUCCUUCAAUGACUGGG